AUGUCUGCAAGAAUGAGAAACCAAAUGGGAAGUAGGCGCACUGAUUCCAAAGUAGGGAAAGUCCUUAGAAAGUUAACCAGUGUCACUGAAAACAUCACGAAAGUGGUGAACCAAGGAAACCGUAAUUCUGACCUUGACUGUUAUAGCGAAGUUUUUAAGAGAGUUGUUGCAGCCAAACCACCUGUUUACUUGGGGAAAGAGGACCCAGACAGUCUUGAAAACUGGAGUUGGGAGUUUGACAAGUUGUUUGAUGUUAUCAAUUGCCCAAGUGAGCUGAGGGUGAACAACGGUGUUUAUUAUCUAAGGGAGGAAGCUGACUUACAGUGGGCCCAAAGAAAGGAUGAGUUGUUGAAGAAACAAAACUUUGGGUGGGAUGAGUUUAAGGAAGCCUUGAGGGAGAAGUUUUACCCUUCUUACUUGAGAAAGCAGAAGUGUAUGGAGUUUACCAACCUGAGAAUAGGGAACAUGUCUAUCAAUGAAUACUACAACAAGUUUAUUGAGUUGAUGAGGUUUGUCCCGGAAGUAGUUUCUAGUGAAACCAUCAAAGCUUAG